CUUUGCUGUAAUUUUCAAAGAGAAUACUCAAUACACUAUGUUCAGUAAUUUUGUUAUUAUUUAUUAUAUCUGAACGUAGGUAGUGUUUACUGUUUAAAUUAACUUUGGACAAACUCGUACAAUUUACCGUUGUAUGCUAUUGUCCAUUACGAAAAUAAUUAUUCAUUAACGUGUUUCUACUAUCACCAAAAAUGAGCAUGAGAAUGCAAUAUAGAAGUUUCUUCAACAAAUAUUAUAUAGCAGACGGAUUUAGCGAGGAUUGUGAAUUUUUAAUUCAAAAAUGCACACAGUUAGAAACACUUACUUUUUACUCAUUUAGUAGCAUAUGGAAGGAGCUAAAUUUUAGCUGUCUUUAUUGGGGAAGAUCUGGUAGUGCAGAAGUGGCAGAAGUAUCGGAAGAGCUUAUUUUUAUUGCCAAGAGAUACAUGAUAGAUUACACAGAUGAUUUUCAGAUGUCCAGGGGUUGCUGUUUUCCGCUUGCCAUCAGAAAACCAUAGCUGGUCUAUUUGUAGUGUACGCCCUAGUCACUACGCAACCAUACACAAACUUUGCAUACUUUCGACUUGUUCCUGAAGAUGUCGCUGCUAUAAAGAAAAUAGAAGCAAUGGCCCGCGAACAGAACAGAUUAGACGUGUUAUAUAUAUUGGGAUCUCUGUUGGUUAAAUACACUUAUUGUACUGCCGUGGAAAGAGACAGAGGGUUGGAGUCACAAUAUAGAAAGUAUAGCGAUGGGUCAUUUGCCCGUGACGGUAUAAGUUUCCGUGGUGUCCUUAAUAGAAAAGGUGAAGAGGUUGAAUUGAUUAAAGAUCUGGGUGUCAUAUGCAAGCGGUAUGCACGUGCGAGGGACGCUGCUAUGGGUGAUGAUGCGACACAGUUUAAUAAUCAAAAAUAUAUAAACGAAAAUUUUGCAACACAACUGAAUGAAACUUUGCAAAACACUAUCAAGGGAAUAACCACAAAUGAUGUUGCAGACGAAGAAGAAGAGCAACACUUAAAUAUCAAGUCAAUCAAGGACAAAGCUAUGAAGGGUACAGCAAUUUUUAAACACCAAAAAACUGUUUUGGACCACAGAGAAAAUUCAAUACCAGAUCAGAAAAAGAAUGUUAUAAAACCUGGUAAGAUCAAAAGAAGCAGCCCAAGGAAGGUUAAUUUAUCACCUCGUAAAAGGAAACAGUCUUCAACUUCUAGCACAAAAGGUGGAAAAGUGAAAAACAGGAAACAAUCUAAUAGCACGGCUGAAGAAGAUUUAGAAUUAGAUUUGGAUAAAUUUGAUAAGGAAGUUACAGAAUCUUCGCAAACUGAAGAUGAAAAUGAAACAACAAUUGAGUGCAGUAACAAAGAUGUCACGAAAACUACUAAAACAACAGAACUGAAUGAGAAAUUAAGUACAAGCCCAUCAGAAAAAGAAUUAAAUGGUGUAAAUGAAACAGAACCAUCAACAUCUAAAGGCUUUGAUGAACUAGAAUGUGGAAAAACGCGUCGUUCUAUUUUAAGAACCCGCCUGAAAAGGGUUGGGGUUUGGCCAAUUGGAAAUUACUAUGAUGAUAAUCAAUAAUAAGAUUGUAAUUUCAGAGUUCAUUACUGUCCCAGCAAAACGAACUCAAAGGCGAAAUAAUUAUUUUGUCUGCUUUUUCCAGUUCCAAUGGUAGCAUUGGUUGAGGGAAGGAUAUUUGGUAUAUAAAGAAUUGUUUAUUACAUACAGUAUUAGGUUCCAAAUAAAUAAAAACUAUGAUGCAA